CUCUGCGCUCGAUGGUGACGCGGUCGGCUAGCCGGUAGUUUGGGAGCCCUUCGCUGCGGAGUCGGCGCGCGAAAACUAUUUGGAGAUUAUGGAUGCUAAGCCCGAACCUGGACCCCUCAGUGAGAGUUCAGAACUUCUUUUCUCCUUUGGAGUUAUAGCAGAUAUUCAGUAUGCUGAUUUGGAAGAUGGCUAUAAUUUCCAAGGAAGCAGACGGAGAUACUACAGACACAGUCUUCUUCACUUACAGGGUGCUAUCGAACACUGGAAUAAAGAAAGCAGCCCACCCAGUUGUGUACUUCAGCUUGGAGACAUCAUCGAUGGAUAUAAUGCACAGUAUCAAGCAUCAGAAAAGUCACUAGAACUCAUCAUGAACACAUUCCAAAGGCUGAAAGUCCCAGUUCAUCACACGUGGGGAAAUCAUGAAUUCUAUAACUUCAGCAGAGACUAUUUAACAAACUCCAAACUUAACACAAAGUUUCUGGAGGACCAGAUUGCCCAUCAUCCUGAGACUGUGCCUUCAGAGAAUUAUUAUGCUUAUCACUUUGUACCGUUCCCUAAAUUCCGGUUCAUUUUACUCGAUGCUUAUGACAUGAGUGUCUUGGGCGUGGAUCCGUCUUCUCCAAAAUACCAGCAGUGUCUGAAGAUACUGAGGGAGCACAACCCAAAUGCGGAAUUGAAUAGUCCUCAAGGACUUGCUGAGCCCCAGUUUGUCCAGUUUAAUGGAGGAUUCAGCCAAGAACAGCUGAACUGGCUGAAUGAAGUUCUUACAUUCUCUGACAGAAACCAAGAAAAGGUGGUGAUUGUGAGCCAUCUUCCCAUUUAUCCCGAGGCCUCUGACAGUGUGUGCCUGGCCUGGAAUUACAGAGACGCCCUGGCAGUCAUUUGGUCUCACAAGUGUGUGGUGUGUUUCUUCGCCGGUCACACUCACGAUGGUGGCUACUCUGAGGAUCCUUUUGGUGUGCACCACGUCAACAUAGAAGGGGUUAUUGAAACGGCUCCAGACAGCCAGGCCUUUGGCACAGUUCAUGUCUAUCCUGACAAAAUGGUGCUGAAAGGGAGGGGCAGAGUUCCAGACAGAAUUAUGAAUUACAAGAAGGAAAAAGCUCUCCAUUUUUAGUGUGAUUUUAUUUGUUUACUUUUAUAGAAAGAGACUGACUUGGCUUUGUGGGUUUGUUCCGCCUUCCUCUCCCCACAUCCUGAGUCUCAUUGUUUAGUAUUCUGUUUGCAUAACAAAUGGCCAUAACUGACUUCAGUGUGUGUUAGCUCGUAAGAUAUUCUGAAAUGUCAUUUUUGGAUAAUAUAUCCCGUGUUGAAAACUGGAAAGGAAAUGAAUGAAAGUAGCAUGAAUAAACCAGGGAGGAGACUGAGGUGGGGGGAUACAGUCCUCCAAACAGAUUCUAUUUAGCCUUACCUGAGGUUUUUUUACUUUUUACAAGGAGAAUGUAUUCAUUCACUGUAUUAGCUAUGUAAGUUAAAAUUCAUAAUAAAAAAGAAAUAAAAUAAGCUCAGGUAAACUUUUUCCGUUUACCCAGUUGUGUGAAUGAGCUUUAGACAUUUUAUGCUCAGAGUACCCAUCAUAUUUGUACUUUUAUAGGUUUAUACUCCUGUUUCGUAAGCCAAAAGCAUCACUAGUUACUUCACAGGUGAACGAAUAGCACCCCCAUUCACACAGGUGAAUGUGUGGUCUCCCUUGUGAACCUCUUGUGAGUUCAGCCAAAUCAGGACCGAGUGCCAGUGCAGCUGUGUGCCUGCCAGCAUGUCUGUUUGGGCCCCCAGCUGGUGCUAUAGGAGACUAUCGUAGGUAGAUGAAUUUACCCUUGACUCCCUUUAUAGACAAACGGGGCAUGUUUAACUGAGCUGUCAUAUAUUCUAAGACUUAUUUGCAGAAACACUUACUCAGUGGCAAAUGGGGACUGUUCAAGUGUAGAAAAAGUUUGAUUCAGGGCCUGAAAAACAGGAAGACAAAAAACCAGUACUAGUCAACGUAAGUGUGUCUGCUGAGUACCGAAGCAUUGUGGGGCUGCAGAGGCGUAUCAGUUUCCGCUGGCUGCUGUAACAAAUUACCACAAACUUGGUGGCUUAAACAACAUAUAUUUGUUCUCUUACAAUUCUGGAGGUCAUAAGUCUGAAAUUGUCUUCACUGGGCUGAGAUCAAGGUGUUAUCAGGGCCAUGCUCUCUCGGAGGCAGAAUCGGUUUCCUUGCCUUUUCCAGCUUCUAGAGCUGCAUCUCUUGCAUGUCUUGGCUUAUGGCCCCUUCCUCCAUCUGCAAAGCUAGCAAUGCAGCUUUUUCCAGUCUCUUGCUGCUUUGUUGUCACAAUGCCUUUCUCCCCUUCUGUCUGUAGUCAAAUAUCCCUGUGCCUCCCUCUUAUAUUGUAAUUACAUUGAGGGCCCACCCAGAUAAUCCAGGAUAAUCUUCCCACCUCAAGAUCCUUAAUCACAUCUGGGAAGUCUAUUUUGUGAUGUAAGGUAACAUUCAAUGGUUCUGGGGAUUAGGACCUGGAUACCUUUGAGGGUCAUUAUUCAGCCACUGACGUGACUAUAAUGCGCUCCCUGCCUUCACUGACUUUCCACAAGUGAGAGAGAGAAACAACCCUGCAUACAAAUGUAUGAAGAAAGGACAGUGGCAACAUGGAGGAGGGAUUUAAUUUUGUUUGAAGGGAAUAGGGAUGACUUGAAGAAGGAAGAAAAAUGGUUUAAAUAGAUGUGCAGGUGCAUUUCAUGUAGACAGAACAGCGUAGCGUCAUAGGAUAUGCUGAGUUCAGGAACUGCAAGUAAUGCUAUGAGGAUUCACCAAACAGCGCUGGGGGAUGGCAGGCGGUAAAGUGGGAAAGGACAAGCUAGGGCUUGUCCUGAGUGACGAGCCAGAGUUAGAACUAAACUUGUCAGGCAGUGAGGAACCCUCCGGUGUCUGAGCUGGGGAAUGUGUGAGGAAAUUUGUGUCAAUUCCAGGCAGUGGAUAAUGAGAGGCUGAUAUAGGAGAAUGACAGUGGGGAGAAAAAAGAUUGUGAGGGUGGGAGGACAGAGAUUUUGACAAAGAACUAUUAAACUUACUAAUGAUACUUAAAUUCAAUUGAAAAAUAGAGUUGAAAAGCAAUUUCAGUAAUACUGUUCAAAAGGCAGUACUUUACCAAGUUACUGCCUUUUACGUGCUUCUGGAGAUACGAAAGGAACUGUGUAUAUUCACAAAAUUCAUAGUGUUAUAUGGGAGAUGCAAAUAUGAUGAAAGUGUAUUUUGGAUAUUACUUUAAAAAAAAUUGAAACAUUACAGUCUUUUAAGCACAGAAUCAGGCAUUACUUGGAGGAUGGGUAGGUCCUAUAUAGAAUUUGGAAAUAAAUCUGUUUCUUCAUGUCUGACUAAUAGUUAUACUAACGGAGGUAUAAAAACCAUAAAUAUACCAGAAAACUGAAAUCCUUUAUUUGUAUUUCACUGACCCUUAAAAUAAAUUUUACUUUAAUUGCUUUAAUAUCAACUAGAUUGUUUUUCCUUUACCCUCUAAAUCUUGAUAGAGAAUUUCUGACUAUCCAGUGGCCAUUAUGUAAAACAAAAAACAUGCCUAUCUCCUUUAACAAAUAUUUAUAAAAUACUUAAUAUCGUAUUAAAGGCUAUAAAAAUAGGCAAACUACCAGACUCAUUUUCACUCUACUAAUACUUUUUGAGUCAAAUAUUUCCUAAAUCUCAUGAAACUGUCUCCACUAUGGAGUUUGAUGCUAGCAUAUGUAAAAGAGUUGCCAUCCAGAUGCUCUAAGACAGCACUGACCAACAGAAAUAUAAUGUGAGCCACAUAAGUAAUUUGAAAUAUUUUAGCAGUCACAUUUUAAAAAGUAAAUAGAAAUAAAUAAAAUUAAUUUUAAUUAUG